CCGGUGUAGUCGAGCCGCGGCCCCGGCGGAGUGACGACGUAGCGAGGGAGCCAGCGAGCUAACGAGCGAGCGGGCGAACGAGCGAACGUAUUGUACGCGCCGUUGCUGCUUCUGCUGCUGUUGUUGCUGCGUGCCACAGCGCAACGCCAUUUUCUGUGUCCGCGGGUGAAGUCGAGCCGCGUUUGUCCGGAUCGGUCGUCGCGACGUCGGGCGUCGAGCGACGUCGCCCACACGUUGAUCGCCGCGUCGCCUCCUGCCGAGGACACGGUCGGCCUUUUUUCUCCCCUGGUCGCCCGCUCGGCCUCUCCGUCCGGGAUAUGCGCGGACACGCGGCGGACAGCCGUGCGACGGAUACGAUGGUCUCGAGAGAGCGGUGAGUGAGUUACCGGGAGGAGGAGCAAGCAGGAGGAACAAACAGCCGGCAAGAUGCCGCUUCCGAAACGACUAGUAGAGCCCGUACACGUGGCACGCGGCACCAUCCCCGAGGACUUCCCGCUGCCGUCGGAGCUCGAAGCAGCCACUAAUGGUACUUUAGCCAAUACUAUAAGACAACUAUCGAGUCUAUCGAGGCACGCCGAGGAUCUGUUCGGCGAGCUGGCGAGAGAGGCGCAUGGAUUGAGCGAUCGCGCCAACUCUCUACAGGCUAGGAUAGAUCGUUUGGCCGUCAAGGUCACCCAACUAGACAGUAAUGUCGAGGAAGUCUCGUUGCAAGAUAUACAUAUGAGAAAAGCCUUCAAGAGUUCCGUCGUGUUCGAUCAACAAGUCGUCUCCAGAGACACGAUGCCGACGGCGAUGCUAGAGACCUAUCAUCAAUGCGAUACGCCACCACCUCUAGAUAAGCUUAAUAUUUACAGAGAGGAUGGUAAGGACGGCUUAAAGUUCUAUACCGAUCCGAAUUACUUUUUUGAUCUGUGGAGUCAGGAGAUGCUCAAAGAUACGGAAAAGAAGUUGCACGAUCGAGGGAAGAAGAGCGAGUCUGAAUAUGCCGAACCGUUCAGAGAGCCGCAUAGGCCUCGGAAUGAGGGUGGCGGCGGAGGUGGCGGUGGCAGGCACAAGAAGCGCGUGAGACAGCCGCACAAUACGAGGGAACGGCAACGGCAAUUGGCCGUUGGCCACGGCGAGUACAUUAUGCCGACGCAGACGGUGCAAUAUAGGGCGCCGCACAAUGUGCAGCCCGGCGACGACACGCUACUGGGAAUGGUGAUGACGGAUCCUAGGCCGCCCAGGCCUAACAGUAUCGAGCUGCGGCGAAGUUACCCCCCGGAAGAACAACAUCUUUACAGCCCGCCAUCUUCCGACUACAGGGCAACAAACUACAUAGCUCAGGGCUAUGAUGAGAAUUCGUAUGGAUCGCAUUAUGCCCCGGGUCAGGUGCCGGCCGGCAGCGAAACGUAUCAGAGUCCUGGCGGUCAGAGCACUCCGAGCCGAGGCGGCAGAUCGCGGCCGUCGCAGCCGCCACCCGCACCACCAAGUAACGCUUCCAGCAAUUCUACACCCACAGUGGCAUCCGCCAAUAAUACUCCCACUAGGGGAAGAUCCAUGAGCACCGGUAGAGACACUCUACCGCCACCGCCCCCACCACCAGGAGAAACCAUGUCUCCUCCUUCCAUGAACGGCUCCAUACCGUCGCACUUGCUGAAUAGGAACGGAAGUCGGACGGACAGUCCUCUGCCGAGUCAACGCUCGACACCGACGCCGCCGAACCAGUUGGGCGUAGACGAAACGGACCCGGCACCCCAAGAUCUUCCGCCACCCCCACCUACUCCAGAUCCUACCCCGCCGAGACCCAUCUCGCCCCCGUGCAACAUUCCUCCACCUCCGCCGCCGCCGCCUCCUCCACCGGUUGCCAACGGCCCGACGGCGCCAUUGCCUCUUACAAAUGGCGACAUCGCGAAAAUGAUUGCGACUAAUCCGCCGAAACUGAAACCUUUGAAGAGCAUCGUGGACGGUCAAUUGAGGAAGCCUGUUAAUCCGAAUAUUCCAUUGGUUGAUCCACGAAACGAUCUGCUCAAAGCGAUUCGUGAUGGAAUAAAGCUGCGCAAGGUGGAAAAGAUAGAACAGAAGGAAGUGGAACGCGUGAAUGCGCUAAACGACGUUGCAUCCAUUCUAGCGCGCCGUGUUGCCGUCGAAUUCAGUGACAGCGAUUCGGCAUCGGAAAGUGAGUGCGACAGUGAGGGAUGGGGCGAACAAGAAAGCAAUCUAGCGUGACCCAACUCCCUUCAAUCCGCCGCCGCCGCUACUGCCUCCUAAAAAAAUGGCCGAUGAUUUUUUCGUUUCGUCAUCACAUCAUCUUAAUGUGUCCCGUCACGCUGUAGCGGGCUAUUUGGUUUGUUUAUUUUUAAUCAAUUUUUCAUUUUUGACCAAUUUUUCAUUUUUUGAGAAUCAUCAAAACGCUCAUACAUUUUAAAUACGCAUUGUAUAUUUAGAAUCUGAAUAAUCUUCAAAAUUGUAGAUGGAGGUAAAUUCUAAGUUAUAAUAAGAAUAGCGAGUAUAAUCUUGCACAAUCCUUUUAACAGAAAUCAUUUAACAGAGGAUACGUCUUACUGUAGAAUCUUAUCUGGAUUUAUUUAUUACCGUUCAUUGAACAAGGCAACAUAUAUUUUAAUACGUUCGCUUCUCUUGUCGUAUUAUUAUUAUGAGAGAAAUUUAAAAGACAUUUGUGUGUGUUACAUUUGAUUAUUGGUUUAUUAAUCCUUUUGAGAGCAAUUUAUUAAAAAAUAUUUUCUUUGGAAAGGAUGAGAAAGAAUUUAAAUUUCUAAAAAAACAAUGUUUUUUUAAAGAAAUUUCCAAAUUUUGAUGAUUUCUUGGAAUUGUCAACCAUGACAUCAUCUUUCUUCUAAGUAUUACGAGUCAAUCUGCAAUAUUGAAUGGAGUGGCGAACCAACCAAUCGACAUAGCAAUAGCGCCGUUUAGUUUAAUCACUCUGUCCUUAGGACGUUCUCGAGGACGCGCCAAUUGCGGCCAAUUUAAUCGCGAAUGUAGCUUUCGCCGAAUCGCGAUUCGAGUUUCGAAUGGGAACUCGUGAGCUUGCAAAAGCACACAAUGCCAAGUUCACGCACUAGUUAAUAGCAAAAUUUGUAAAUGCUGUUGAUCCAAGCAAUAAAAUCUUGGAUAAACAGAGAAAUUCUGAAAACACAAAACAAACGAUUGACAGAUUGAACGCUGCGUUUCUUUAAAAUUGUGCACACACUUUAAAAUAAAAUAUGUUACAUAUUUUUUUGUCAGUCCAAAAAAAGAAUUUAGAGAUAU